AAAAGUCAAGUCAAGGACUCUUGUCAUCAAAAAAGUCGACGACUCUCGGCCUCUGUGACUAUUUUUUUUUUUUUUUUUGAGGAGGGGCCUCUGUGACUAUUGUUCACCAUUGAGAUUGAGUUUCAGAGUGAGAGAGAUUCUUGCUUCUAAAGACGACGGAAAGAUGCAUGUACUCUCUGUCCUUACUCCCGUUGCCGGAGGAGUAGUGAGUAAGGUGGCUUUACUUGCUACUGAUCAGUUGAGACUCGAUAUCAUCUGGGGGUUCCGCGAAGAGAUAAAUAAGCUCAAAGAAUCCUCAAUUCUGAUUGGAAAUAUAAUCCAUGAUGCUGCUCACGAACCUGAAGAUGAGGAUCUGUGGGCAAGAGCCGAGUGGAUGAAGAGGUUGAUAAGCGUAGCCUAUGAUGCAGAAGAUGUCCUGGAUAAAUUUCAAUAUGAAGUUUAUCGGAUCGUUAUAAAGGAGACAAGCCUCGAUAAGAAGAUACUCGGCUUCUUCUGCAGCAAUCCUCUUGUAUUUCGUCUCAAGAUGGCCCGCAAUAUUUACAAUAUCAACACGUCCUUGGAGGAUCUCUACAAGCAAGCAGCUGGCGUGGGAGUCGUCAGAUCAAAUGGAGGUGCAGCAGCCAGUCAAGGUAUGCAGGACAGGGAAACAACCUCAUUCUUUGAGAAAAAUGAAUUCACCUUCAAAGAUGCAAUCACUGUUGGAAGGGAUCAGGUUGUGUCAGAUAUAAUUGCAACCUUGACCAACUCCAACAAUCAAGAAAAUAUUCUUUCGGUGAUGGGCAUUGUGGGAUUGGGAGGCCUAGGUAAAACAACUUUGGCUCGCUUAAUUACCAAGCAACUGAAACAAGGUGAAAUGGAAAAGCACUUUGAUACAACGCUCUGGGUGUACGUAUCUAAUACUUUUCAUGUCAAUUCAAUUUUACAUCGAAUGGUGCAAUCAUGUGGCGUGACAGGAAUUGACCCUUCAAAUCAGCAAGCAUUGAUGGAAAGCCUCCAGCAGAAGUUGGAACAGAAAAGGUAUUUUCUUGUACUUGAUGACGUCUGGAAUGAGGAUGCUAAUAAGUGGAAUGAUUUGAAGAGUUGUUUAUUGCAACUAAAUUCUGCCAGAGGAAGCUCUGUGAUUGUCACCGCUCGUAGAUCCAAUGUUGCAUCAAUCAUGGAAACACUUCCUAGGUGGAAUUUAGAAACUUUAUCGGAUGAUGAAUGUUGGUCCAUAUUGAAGGAUAGAGCAUUUGUAGAUCCUAAUGCUCCCAUAGCUUCAGAACUAGAGGAAAUUGGAAGGGACAUUGCCAAAAAGUGUGCUGGUCUUCCAUUGGCAGCCAAGGUUUUGGGAAGCUUGAUGCGUUCUAAGACCAGUAUGAAGGAAUGGUUGUCAAUUCUAGAAAGUCCAAUAUGGCAGUUAUCAUCCGACAAUGAGGAUAGUAGGAUCAUGUCGGUUUUGAAGUUGAGUUAUGACAACUUGAAAUCACCACUGAAGCAAUGUUUUGCAUAUUGCUCCAUCUUCGAGAGAGGUUCCUCAAUUGAAAGUGAUAGCUUGAUCCAACUAUGGAUGGCUCAAGGUUUUCUCCAUCCUUCUUAUGGUCACCAAACCAAGCAAGAGAUUGAAAUGGAGGAUAUAGGCAACAAGUAUUUUGAGACUCUACUGGAGAACUCCUUGUUUCAAGAUGCUACAGAGUAUGAGGAUGUCUGUGGUGUUAUCAUCACCCGAUGCAAGAUGCAUGAUCUUGUGCAUGAUCUUGCAAAUGAAGUAUCCAAGUGUGAGAGCUUGAUGCCAGACUUCACUCAUGAGAAGGAUCAUCGUGAUAUACUUAUUCGACAUGUUGCACGGAUUCCUACUCCAACGCUAGAAGAAAUGUCAGAAAGAAGUAUUUUAAGACUGCGAUCACUCUUUUCAAAUGGCCCUGUCUCUAAUACCAUUUUCCAAAAGCUUACAACUUUACAUGUCUUAAGUUUCUCUAGUGAUGAGAUUAUGAAGUUGCCAAAUUUACUCGGCAAGCUGAAGCACUUGAGGUAUCUAGAUCUUUCCUGUACAGACAUUGAAGCACUCCCAAAGUCUAUUGGCAAGCUCUAUAACCUCCAAACAUUGAGAUUACCGCGGUAUCUCAUAGAGUGUCCGAAGGAGGUUCAAAAUUUGAUCAAUUUAAGGCAUCUUUAUUGUGGUCUUGAGGGAAUGAAAUUUAAGGCUGGGGUUUUGGAGCGGUUAACUAAUCUCCGAAGAUUGUCUUCCUUUAAUGUGGGUGAGGAGAGAGGUCCUGCAAUUAAGGAGUUGGGUGGGUUGAACCAAUUGAGAGGCCACUUACUUAUUGAUGGACUAGAACAUGUAAGGGAUGGAGAAGAAGCAAAGAAGGCUCGCUUAGUGCGGAAGAGUCACUUACGCAAGUUGACAUUUGGAUGGACACACUAUUGGCUACGUAAUGAAAAGCAGACGGAUGUACUAGAUGGCUUGGAACCUCAUGGUAACUUGCAAAGCUUGGAGAUUUACCAUUUCAAGGGUGCUAGAUUUCCGUCAUGGAUAACGAGUCUCCAAAAUUUGAAGCAGAUUCGAUUAGUCGAAUGCAACAAUUGUGAAGGAGUCCCAACACUCGGCCAUCUACCUAAUCUAACAUCUCUUGCGAUUAAAAGGAUGGAAAAGCUGAAACGUGUGGGAGCUGAGUUUUAUGGUUAUAGUGAUACUAGCACAACUUUAUUUCCAGCUCUGAAAACACUAUCCAUCUCUGAGUGCCGAGAGCUCAUUGAAUGGACGGAAGCACCGAGGAUAUUAGCUGAAAGAGAGGUCGUCGUCGUAUUUCCUUGCCUCGAAGAGUUGAGGCUAUCUGGUUGUGACAGCCUAGAGUCGAUUAAGAUCACACAGGGCAUCGCAGCUCUCCGUCAAUUGAAGAUCGAUGAUUGUAUGGGAUUAUCAAGCCUAGAGGUUGGGCUCGAUUACUGCACCUCUCUUCAGCAAUUGAACAUCUUCAAUUGCGGUAAUCUGAUGACAAUUCCAACCGCACAAGGCAUGCCGUCUCUCCGGAAAUUGAAUAUCGAAAGUUGUGAGGGAUUGUCAAGCCUAGGAAGUGGGCUCAACUACUGCACCUCUCUUCAGGAAUUGAAGCUAUUGAGAUGUGAUAAUCUAACAUCAAUUCCAAUCACACAGGGCAUCACAUCUCUCCGGAGCUUGACGAUUGUUCGUUGUCAGAGAUUAUUAAGCCUACCGAGUGGGCUCCAAUUCUGCACCUCUCUUGAGGAUCUGAUGAUAACUCGUUGCUCUAGUCUAGUAUCAUAUGUGUGCGACCCCCCGGACUCAACGAAUCAACCGAAGGAAGUCUCUACAGGAGUUGCUGAGUAUUUGUCUGUACAGGAGGAGGAUUGCCCUAGUCUAGAAUCUAUUCCGCCUAAUCUCCAUCAGUUGUUGAUAUGUCAUUGUGGGAAAUUCAAAUAUGUACCCACAGGAGGAUUUCAACGCCUCACUCGUUUGAAGAGGCUCACAAUUGGUCCCUUCUGGGAGGAGCUGGACGCCUUCCCUGAUUUUCAGCAUCCACCACCACAUGAUUCACAACUUGAAGACUUAGAGUUGCACGGGUGGCCUAAGGUCAAGUCUCUGCCCCAACAAAUUCAGCACUUGACUUGUUUAAAAGAACUCUGGAUAAGUGAUUUCAAGGGACUAGAAGCUCUUCCUGAGUGGUUGGGAAAUCUUACAUCUCUUGAGGCUCUGAAAAUCGGGCUUUGUGAGAAUCUCAAAUAUCUACCUACACAAGAUGCUAUGAAAAACCUCACCGAAUUGAAGUCGCUCUUCAUUAGGGGAUGUCCCCUGCUCAAAGAAAGAUGCACCAAGGAGACUGGCCCAGAAUGGCCCAAGAUUUCUCACAUCCCAGAUCUUCGGUUUUGCGAUUGAAGAUAUGCAAUACCUGCCUGACAAAACUACAAGUUUGGUCCUUCUUUUAAGAAGAAAAUGUGAUAUCAAUUGAUCUCAUUCAAGUUACAAGGUUAAUCAAUUCCCAAUUGCCAGAGAUUUAGUCCGAUUUCCAAUGCAUUAACUAAUCGUUGGCAUAAAUUAUAUCUUAGCCGGCUCUAUCAUACUUAAUGGGAAGACUGAUCAGAUGAUGCUGAGUGGGUGAAGAUCCAGUUGCAGUAGUUCAUUCACCUUUCCCAUGCCAUGUACAGGUAUGGCAUCAGGUAUAUGAAUGUAGGUGUAUAUGUGGAAGCUACGCAAUCAAAAUAUGCACUGAGGACAGCCGACGUGAGUGGCUGACAUCUUAUAUUCCAAAGGUUGAGGGAGAGAUGUUCAAUGGUCUUAAGAUUCCUGCCCUGAUGGUUUGUAAAAUUGAAUAUGGAUGGUUGUGAAAGAAAUUUUGAAGCUGCGAUUGGAACCAGAGGAUUCAUUAGAGAUGACAGUGGGCCCUCAUUAGUCGGGUUUGCAGCUAACUUAGGAACUGGGGAAAUGCUUGCAAUGGAGCCCUUGGCAUUUUUAUAGACUUAAAGUAGCUUGGGCAUUGGCUUUAAAAGAAUACAACUGGUGCACGAGCAAAUGGGAUUAGCUAUCCCAAUUGUCCUAGUCAUCAACCAUUGAUAUUUGGCGUUGUGACAUGGGUAUGCACUUUAGUGGGAACGACCUGGAUUACUAGUAAUCCUUUUGCGAUUCUGUCACUGUCAUCUCCUUGAAAUCAGUGUGAUCAACACCUUCAUUCUCUUGGUAACUUAAUCGAAGGAUGUCAAGCACUCUUAUGUAAAGAUAUUGUUAGUAAAGUGUCUGCCAGACAACUUCAGACCCUUAGUCAUUUGCGGUUGUCAGACAAUCAUGGUCCCUCCAACAAUGAUGUGAAAAAUUACUUACCACUGAAUUCAAUAACAUUCAUCGGAGUUCUAAGUGCUUGUUGCCAUUCUGGUUUGGUGGAGGCUGGGGAGAGGUAUUUUAAGAGCAUGAAAAAUGUAUACCACAUUCAACCAAACAUUAAGCAUUAUGGUUGUAUGGUGGAUCUCCUGGGUAGAGCUGGCCGAGUAGAAGAUGCUGAGAAAAUGAUAAGAAGCAUGCCCAUGAAGGCUGAUGUUGUGAUAUGGGGCACAUUGUUGGCCGCAUGUACAACACAUGGGAAUCUAGAAAUAGGAGAAAUGGCUGAAAAGAAUUUGACACUGUUGGAUCCAUCUCAUGGGGCAAGUACAGUUCUCAUGCCCAACCUACUUGUAGAUGCAGGGAAGUGGGAGGAAGCCUCUUUGGAAAGGUGAGUAAUGCAGAGCCUAAGACUAACGAGAUCACCAGGGCACAGUGAUGUUGUUUGGUAAGGGUAACUUAAAUAUCGAGUUUGGUUUCUAAGCAUCCUCCUAGGAGAUAUGCUUAAGCUGGCAAGAAAAACCAACUUCGGUGGAUGGAAGGAACCAAAUUUUUCAUCCUGUCAGAUUACCUCUGAAGUCUAAGACAAGAUAUGUUCCAAGGUAGGUGAUCGAUUUAGCAACUCUUCUGCACAUCAGGGAAGGUUGCUUAACUUUGGUCCAGAGAUCACCAGUUGCAAAGGGCUUGAAUUUCUCUGUUUUCCUCUUUCAAGCUCCGUUGAAGGAAGCUGACCAGGGACAAGAGAGAUGGAAAGAGUUAAAUAAAUUGAUGUUGUCAGUGAGCCUCUAAACGUUGACAGGCAUAUGAAUAUCCCUAAGUGGGUGCAGGGGAGUACUGCAAAGUUAUUUUGGCCGAUAGCUAUUUCAAGAACUAAUCCAUGAGUUUGUAGGAUACCUACUCCCUUGUGUGGUUGCUUCCCUAAUUCCAAUUGUUGGUGGGGAUGGGACUGGCAUCGGUCACUGAGACCUUGUUUAACUGUUGAUUCUGAGAAGAACAAGAGAGCCUGGGAGCAGUUAUUAGAAUUGAGAUGGGUGCUUUUGCAACACCAGUUAUAUGGUCUUUUUCCUUUGACAACAGAGUUUGAUCACUAAAGCAGAUAUUCGAUUGGCCCUUGAAGUUGGAAUUCUACCCCUUGAAGUAGAGCCUGAUAGUAUGAAGGCUGGUAGCUUGGUAACCUCUAAUGACUUGUGUUGGGAGAAGAUAUGGGUAAUUGUGGACGAUAUUAAAUGCUAUUGAACUGUGGUGCACCGUGCACCCAAGGUCUGCUUCCAACCGAGGGAAUGCAGCAAAGUAUUUCAAGGCAUGUAUUGAUUUCUUUUGUAUUGAAAUUGGGUGGAAAGUAUUUCAACAAAGUUUGAGUUGCUUUAAAUUCUACCGUUAGAUGUAGAUCUAAGAGUGGUUGAGCAUAAUUUCUUUGCUCAUUUACUGAUUAGGGCAACACCACUGCUGAGUAGGGGAACACCACUGCUUUACUGCUUUAGGGUUUAUGGUCUUCCUCAAGAUCUAUUGAGCAAAUGCAUGUUAGAUCACAGGAGCGAGCAGAGAAGAGAAGGUGGCUAGCUGUAUGGCGACUUUGGGGAGAAUUUGGAGUGAUUAUAUACAAAGGCCCUCAAGUUCUAGAGCUUCCUAGAGGAACAAGGUGGCUAGCCUUACUCCUUGCUAAAAUCCCCUUUUACUCCUUGCUAAAUUUCAUCAAAUACUCUACUUCAACGAUAAAAAUUUAAAUAUUAGUUAAAUUUGUUAUAACCUUUAGCUUCAGAUUGUCUAUCGGUUGUAACAACUAUCAAGUUCCCUUACCUUUUGCAAUGGCAUUGCCUGAUUCUUCAGAAGAUAUAUCUGAUCGCUUGUAUUGUAUGGUCAGGACCUUUAGCUUCUCA